AUGGGCCGACGAACCGGUCGUACGUAUUCGUACGACAGUGACGAGCGGACGAGUCUACUGCCGACGUCUGAAGAAGAGAGAGAAGCAAUGGGCUUUGUCACGUCGUUGAGGGGACGCCUCCAUGCGGAGGGAUCCUCGUCGGCAGACCCCGCCAACGGGGAUAUAGCUGCAUCGGAAGCACCUCGGGAUGUUGAGAUGGCCGGGAAGACGGACGACACUAUUGAAGAUCACGAUCAUGUCAAAAAGUUCGACACCUCCGAGCCUCUUGAGUCGGGUGUCGGCACUAUUCAAGCUGCUCAGACAUUGUGGGGGAAGAAGGGAAGAUGGCUUGUUAUUGUCGGCCUGGCUUUGGUGAUGAUUGUGUACGAAAUCGACAACACCACUGUCUACAUAUACAACAACUAUGCGACGUCUUCCUUUUCAGCUCUUUCCAAGCUAGCAACCCUAAGCACCGCCAGCGGUAUCGUCUUCGCUGUUAUCAAACCGCCAGUCGCCAAGCUAUCCAACGUCAUCGGCCGAGGAGAAACCUACAUCAUGAGUAUAUCCUUCUAUGUCUUGGGCUACAUCCUCAUGGCAACAUCAACAACUUUCAACGCCUAUGCUGCAGGCGUUGUAUUCUACGUCGUCGGCCAGUCAGGUACAAACAUCAUGAACGACAUCGUUAUUGCCGAUAUCACUACGGCUCGCUGGCGUGGUUUUGCUCUCAGCUUCUCCUUCUUCCCAUUUCUCAUCACGCCUUGGGCAGCUGCCUUCAUUGUCGACGACGUCGUCAAGCCCGGUGGUAUCGGCUGGCGAUGGGGCAUCGGCAUGUUCGCAAUUCUCAUGCCCAUCGGCGCCGCAUUCAUCAUUUCGACCUUGCUUUACUACCAAAAGAAGGCCAAGGACAUGGGUCUUACCCCAAGGCAGAAAACAACGCUCUACAGCUUCUGCUCUCAGAUCGACCUGGGCGGUUCAGCACUUCUCUGCGCGGGCUUCUCAUUAGUCCUGAUACCGUUAACGUUGGCAGCAUCAACACCAAGCAGAUGGGGAACGGCGUACAUCAUCGUCUUAAUCGUGAUUGGCGUCAUGCUCCUCGCUGCACUGCCGUUCUACGAGCAGCGUCUGGCUCGCAACCCAAUCAUGCCCACGCGAUACUUCCGCAACAAGACAAUUGUUCUUUGCCUCUUGCUCAUCGCGAGUGACUCAGUCGGGUUCGCCUGCACGCACACCUAUCUCUACUCAUGGUCUACCGUUGCCCGUGGCUUCGCCGCCCGAGACGCUACGUUCUUCCAAUACACCAACGGCGUGAUGCAGUGCGUGAUGGGAAUCAUCGCCGGCUUGGCAAUGGCAUACACUCGCCGAUACAAGUGA